AUGGAAUCGUCCUCGACCGUCAGCGACUUUCCCAGGACGCCAACCCAGGUGCAACCUGGAUUUGAACGACACUCCAACGCGAAUGUCCCGAAUCCCACCGAGAUCCAGUAUGCGACGUCGCAUCUGCGUCGCGCGCACACGGUAGCACAAGGGAGGAACAUGGGUGACAAGACCAGCAUGGGUUUGAGAUCGGCGAAGGAACGAGUGGCCACUUCGUUCCUCCGGGUCAAGGACAGCCAUGAAUUACUACGGAAGCGCUCAUCGAAGCGCCUCGAUGCUUUUCCUCCCCCGCGUGAUACGCUUGCCGGAGCCCGGGAACCAAACCAUUUCACGGUGGGCAAUGUUGGGCAGAACGGCAAGAUAUUUCUCAGACCGAUUCGAAAUCCGUCGCGCCAGGAAUCUUGUCCUCCACCUUUUGUUCAGACCAACCAAUCCGGAGAGGAACACCUUCACCCAUACGCACACCGCAGCCAUGCUGAGAACGAUUCUUCGCGAUGGUCGAAUUCCCAACUGUCCGAGUUACGCCCAGAGCUUAUACCGGAAGAAAGUUGCGAGGACGGCGAAUCGGUCAACACGGAGUCGUCGCGCUCGGGAUACCCUCAGUCGCGGCCUCGGCCCCGUCAGAGAGCACACUCCUUCUCGACUAUUUCAGAACAGCGGUCCGCCUCGCGGAUUGGCCAACACGGGGAAUUUCGUCUAUUCAUUGAUCGGUCAGAUGACCGGCCCAAGUCUGCAGAUGGAUCGUUACGCCCGACUCUAGAGACCCCGAUCCCACGCUACCGGCUGGAUACGCCACGGCUGAAUGUUGGGGGCACCACGCCGCUGCAGAGCUCCGUAUACUCGCAAGCGUCCAUGUCGGACAAUUUCACGGCCUCGCGAUUCCUGAGAGACAACUGGGAUAGUUCUCCCAUGCUGGAUGUCUACUCCGAUCCAGCCCGGCCUUCUUUCGCCGCGUCGAUGUUCUCCGGCGCAGCUGCCAUCGAGCUGACUCAACGAUCCCCUACCACGGGGAACCCGGUAUUUUACGAUCUCAAAGAGCCCAUCGAGCCAACCAUCUUUGAAACCCUGGUAGCCCAGAUGGAUGAUGAAUCCGUUGUGCGCUAUGUGCCGGGCAGUAGGGACAUCAGUGCGGCCACGCCGGCGCGGAUCGUGGCGCAAAUCUCCUCCGAAUCUUUCAUGGACUACGAACUUGUAUCGGAUUUCUUCCUCACCUUUCGCUCAUACCUUUCCACCGGCAGUCUCCUUGCUCUCUUGCUGGCGCGACUGCAGUGGGCUAUCAAUCGCCUGCAAGACGACGGCCGGGUUAUCCGCAUCCGCACGUUUGCAGCUCUCCGACAUUGGAUCCUAAACUACUUUGUCGAUGAUUUUAUUCCUGACUACGACCUCCGUGCUAGUUUCUGCGACACCAUCAACACUCUGUACGAUAACGUCAAAGCCCGAGAUGGGGGUGGCAUGAGCGACCUGAAGAUUCUCAUCGACCUGAAGCGUUGCUGGUAUGGCAAGUGUUCCGCUUAUUGGGAAUUCUCCGAUCAACAUAUUGCCUAUCAAAGUCCGGACCACGUCAUCGAGCCUGGUGGUGAUAACCAGCCUGAUCACAAUAAUCCUGAUGGGAACCAGUUGAACAUGGUCAGGACCAAGAGCAGCCAGAUUGGCGAAGUUCAUGAGGGUGAACAACGCCGUCAUCUAGCCCACCAUGACCGCAGCAACUCCGCAACCACGGCCAGAAGUAUGCCGUUGUCAGCAGAAAGCGAUCCUAGCGUACAGCCAACUUCUUGUUCGCUGCGACCCAAAUCCCCCAAACGCCUUUCUAUGCCCUACGCCGGUACCAAGGCACCUCACCCGGUGCCUCUGAUGCCCGCGCAUCAACUGUGUCCUUCGCUAGAUGCGCCGGCCUCAUCCCCUAUCAUUUCCCGACGAUUCCCCUUCCACACUCAUGCUCACAAGCGUAGUGGAAGCUUCUCUGACUCGGUUCGGGACGACCGAGCGGUCCUCCCGUUCUUGAAAAUUGAUAGCCAGGGUACAUUUCCUACCCAGGCAGCAUUGCACCUCGGCGGUCUAAUUCGUGGCGAGCUAUUCCCCCCGGCGGAGUCGUAUAUGACUAUGAUGGCACCGCCGUCACCCCCGUUGCCAUCUCCCACCGGGAUGCCCGGGUUGAGUCAACGCAGCAAUUCCGACAUGACCCCUAAACCGCCGCCAUCGAGUUCAGGUGUCAAGACGAUCAUCGGGUCAAUACGUCGAGCGCUGAACGGCAGACAUGGAGGCCAUAGUGUCUCCUCGCGCCACCCUGGCGGGCAUUUUGGUCCAUCAUCGCGAGCGAAAACAUCACACCUUCCCAAUAAUGUUGCGUUUGGGUCGGAUGCCUACCGGGAUAGAAAGGCCACGGCGGCUGCUAAGAAGCCGGUCAGGAUCGACGUCCUGUGUGACAUGUCUUUCCGCCUAUAUCAUAAUGCCGCCUCCGACUCUGCUCAGCCCCGAGCAGGCGAAUCGUUCCAAAUCGCCGCUGCGCCGCAAGGGAAAAACAGUCAGCGGGGGUCCGAUCAGCUUGCGGCAUCUAAUCUCCACACCGCCGCGCUCAACCGAAUACGGACGAAAAGUCAGUUUACCGGAGGGAGUGAAUCGAUUGUUAUUGUGGAUGACACUGGUAUGGGCAAUCCUAUGAUGUCUGGUGCCAUCCCAGGCUCCUCUACGGGACUGGAACAUUCCCCUCGAUUCCUCGACGCCGAAAACUCUCCCAUAACGCCCAGAGCCUCCUCGUUUCGUUCCGUGAGUCAAAGGUCGACUGUGGCGGGAGAUGAGUAUUCGCUGCCUAUUUACUAUGAUGAUCGGGAAUCGAAAUCGGUGCGCCGAAGCUCGCAAUUCCUGCGCCCGCCCAGACUUUCCGCUAUACGGAGAUCGACCUCUGCUGAGCGUGGGUCAGGAUCCUGGAAAGGAACGUCGCCGUCGCUUCGUCUUCGAAAAUAUGCCUCUUUCCAGAGUGGGAUAUCGAAGCAUUUCGGUAUUCCGGGCAAGGGGAUGGAUGUUGACCAACAAUCUCAGGAACAGCUCGAGAGAAAUGCCGGUCCAAUGCUUCGCAGACGGCCGGGAGGCGAUUUGCGUCAGAUGCGCAACGACCUUGGGCUUCCAAAACGCACCAGCUCGGGAUCAUAUGUAUACGACACAGACAGCAGCUCUGUUGCGGAAAGCACAGCCACUCGCUUCAGGGAUAAUGCAUCCAGGCCUCAAACUAGCCUUGUGCCGCCUAAUCCGCGACUAUCGCUGAUCCAGACACAUUCGUCCCAGAACAUACGGGGCUCCUUCGAGGCGGCGAUUCGGCGCUUUGCUCAAAUUCCUGACGAUGACGAUGGCGGAAUCGAGUCAACGCUGCUGAAGCUCGAAGGCAAGUGGGACGCCCCUGAGACGCCCACCGCUCACUCUCACGGACAGCCUGCCCAUGCACCCGGCAGCGCCCGCGAGCGUGAGAUGUUCUACCAAAAUCAUCAGAGACAUCAAAGCGUCAUGGGGGAUAACCUAACCUAUUCGCAAGUUCGUAGUCGACUGGCGCCGCGCAGACCUUAUUCCGACUCUAUCGCCGAAUCGGAGGACUCGUUUAGCUCUAUCCCGCUUCUCGAGAGAGGACUCAGCGACGAGUCCAUGAAAAAGCCUGCGAUGAAUCGGACGACCUCUCACCCUGUAGUGCCGCCUCGGCUGCACAUGAUCGACGCCUCCAACCGCGACACUUCGGACGUUGAAUCAUCGCAUCCGUCCAUUGAUAUCGUCAAGGAGACGGACAGUAUCAAGUGCAUUCCACGAGGAUCCACGCUUCCAGUGUCUGUUCCCAGACCUUCUCGAACCCGCUCGACCCGGCGCUCAGGUCUAUCGUCUGAGAUCUCGGUCGAUCUCAUUGAAUCCCGGGAAGCGACUGAGCAGCAUCGCCUGUCUCUCGACACGCGAAGCCUGGGCAGGUCUUCGUUGGGAAUCCCACCCCAUCCACUGGCCCAUCCACCUUCGCCCCCCAUGACCAUACAACACCCUCGAUCUAUCGAAUCUUGCGCAACGCCCCUCAAUCCGGUUAUCUACCAGGCACAGCCCCUGACGCCGGACCCGUCGCCGAGGAACAGGACUGCCGAACAGGCUCACGCGCGCACCAUCGCAAUGCAGCAGGCUUCGGGCGACAUCCUUUCUAGGUCCGAGAAGGACCGCCAACGCCAAGAGCCCGAAAAAGCUUUCACAGGGCCUGAUCAUGUGCCCUUCGUGCUGUCUUGCGAAUCCCAGAUUCUUGCGCAGCAGCUGACGUUGCUGGAAAUGGCUGCCCUUAGCGAGGUGGACUGGCGAGAUCUGGUUGAUAUGAAAUGGAGCAGUGGGUCCCCUGCCACCGUCAGUUGGGUGCAAUUUCUCCUGGAAGACGAGCGUCGCGGCAUCGACCUAGUGGUGGGACGGUUCAAUCUCAUGGUGAAAUGGGUUCUGUCCGAGAUUAUCCUCACGCACGACGUCCACGAGCGGGCGCGCACCAUCGUCAAGUUCAUCCACACGGCUGCACAUGCCCGUCGGAUAUGCAACUAUGCGACCAUGCUCCAGAUUGCCAUCGCACUGUCGUCAACCGACUGCUCCCGACUCCACAGCACAUGGGCCUGCGUCCCACCCGGGGAUCGACGGCUCUUGAAGGACAUGGAACUGCUCAUCCAGCCGGUUCGCAAUUUCCACGACCUUCGCAUGGAGAUGGAAACGGCGAAUGCACAGGAGGGCUGCAUUCCUUUUGUUGGUCUGUACGUCCACGAUCUCACCUACAAUGCGCAGAAGCCCGCUCAGGUGGCAGUUCGCGACGGGGAGCCGCUAAUCAACUUCGAGCGGUAUCGCACGACGGCCAAGAUCGUCAAGAGUCUUCUGCGAUUGAUUGAUGCCAGUACGAAAUACACUUUCGAGCCGGUGCAGGGCAUCAUCGAGCGGUGCCUUUGGAUUGCCUCACUCUCGGAGGAAGAGAUCCAAAUCCGCAGCAAACAACUUGGCUAG